AUGACAGACACAAGUUCAAGUCAACGUCCACGCCAGUCCACAGUGACGGAACAUUUGGCUGGGACCAACGAUUCAUGGCAUGGCACAAUCACUGACUCAGGACCUUUCCGCCCCUCAUCCCGUCGUUUCCAUCUCUAUUUAGGCCUAUUCUGCCCUUUUGCCCAUAGAGUAAACCUGGUUAGAGUACUCAAAGGCCUGCAAGACAUCAUUCCCAUUUCUGUAGUUCGACCUUAUCCCAAGGGAGAUGAAAACGGCUGGCCUGGCUGGCGGUUCCCCAAAGACGAGAAGGAGUAUCCUGCCGCAACGGUAGACCAUCUCUUCGGUAGCGAGUAUCUCCAUGAGGUAUACUUCAAAGCCGAUCCAGCAUAUGAGGGCCGGUACUCAGUACCUGUCUUAUGGGACACCGAGACUAGUACCUUGGUGAACAACGAGAGUGUUGGUCUACUCAAAAACUUACAGACUGCCUUUGACAGUCUCCUCGAGAAAGAGGGUAAGCACGUAGAGGCAAGUCUUCAUUUCUAUCCUGAACAUCUUCGCUCAAAAAUCGAUGAAAUCUGCGAAUGGAUGCAGCAGAAUCUCAAUACCGGAGUAUACAAAGCCGGAUUUGCUCCAGAUCAAGAGACCUACGACAAGAAUGUCAUUCCUGUCUUUGCAGCACUGAACAAGCUCGAGAAGAUCGUACACUUACACGGCGGUCCAUUUGCGCUAGGUCAAGAACUUACUGAGGUGGACAUCCGUCUCUUUCCAACCUUGAUACGCUUCGACACAGUUUAUGUACAGCACUUCAAAUGCAACCUGGGCACAAUCAGGCAUGAUUAUCCUGUGCUCAACAAUUAUCUGACAGGCUUAUAUUUUGGCCUUAACGAGGUGAAACUAGCCAAUGGUUCAAAGCAUCGGAUCACUGCGUUCGGACCAGAGACAGUCGAUUUCAAGCAUAUCAAAGAGAACUAUACAAAGAGUCAUCACGAUGUCAAUCCCAAAGCCAUCACACCAAGAGGUCACCAUCCCGACGUCGAGGAACACUUCGAAAAAGAUUGGAGCAAACUCAAGGUAGGCGAAAUUGCCAUGCGAGAGGUGAAGGAAGCGGAGAAGCUUCUGCCCGGAUGA